ACCCACCAACUUGCCCUGAAUGCUGAUGAUGAUGAUCAUGGGGACUGUUUAUUUGGCAUGGCACUUGUGCUGGGCUCUGGCUGUCUUCAGGGUUGCAGGAGGCAAUGGGGUCCCAGAUGCUGAUGAAUGUACAGAAGGGACAGACGACUGCCAUAUUGAUGCGAUUUGUCAAAACACGCCUAAGUCAUACAAAUGCAUUUGCAAACCUGGUUAUAAAGGAGAAGGAAAACAAUGUGAAGACAUUGAUGAGUGUGAAAAUGACUUCUACAAUGGAGGAUGUGUACAUGAAUGCAUCAAUAUUCCUGGCAACUACAGGUGCACGUGCUACGAUGGGUUCAUGCUGGCUCACGAUGGACACAACUGCCUUGAUGUUGAUGAAUGUCUGGAUAACAACGGCGGCUGCCAGCAGAUUUGUGUCAAUACAAUGGGAAGCUAUGAAUGCCAAUGCAAAGAAGGCUUUUUCUUGAGUGAUAACCAACACACAUGUAUUCACCGCUCCAAUGAGGGUAUGAACUGUAUGAACAAAGACAUGGGUGCGCACAUUUGCCGGGAGACACCCAAGGUGGGUUGCUGUGAAUGUAGGCCUGGCUUUGAACUUGCCAAAAACCAGAAGGACCUGCAAUUAACCUGUAACUAUGGAAAUGGAGGCUGCCAACACACCUGUGAUGACACAGAUACUGGUCCUGUAUGCGGUUGUCAUCAGAAGUAUGCCCUACAUUCUGACGGCCGAACAUGUAUUGAAACAUGUGCUGUCAAUAAUGGAGGCUGUGACCGUACCUGCAAGGAUACAGCAACGGGAGUCCGCUGCAGUUGCCCAGUUGGAUUUACCUUGCAGCCUGAUGGGAAAACAUGCAAAGAUAUCGAUGAGUGUCUGGUCAACAACGGUGGCUGUGACCACUUCUGCCGCAAUACGGUGGGCAGCUUUGAGUGCAGCUGCCAGAAAGGCUAUAAACUACUAACAGAUGAACGAACCUGCCAAGGUAAUACUCUUUGA